UAGAAAAGAUUGAAUAUCAAGAGUAUGUAAACAUCUCGCUUUGUUUCCUGCCAGACGACCUCAUCGACAUGUUUUGUAAUCAAGCAAAGACGCAGCAAAACACAAAAACAAAAAGUAAAAAACACCCGAAUAUCCAAUAAAAUCUCACCUUGUCAAUUAUCUGGCCCCUUUCCAUCACACAUGCUCACACUGCUACAAUAACAACAAACCCCCACUCUGCUUUGAAUCAAAACCACUUUGACGCAGUGCCUCUGAUAGGGUAUUUCAACUGGCGGCCCGGGGGCCAAAUCCGCUCCCAAGUUCAGUUCAUAACUUGAGCAAUAAACCUUUCUGCAGCACAUUUCUUAAAAUCCCUAGUGUGAUCCUGUUCUAUAGAGGAACUCGAAGCACUGUAAACACAUUGGCAGAUCCUUGCAUUGCCAUUUUAACCUUGCUAGCAAAUGUAGAACACUCAGGUCAUAACUUGUGAUUUACAUAACUGAGAUGUUCCUCAAAGCCCCCCUUUAAGUCCUUUCUCUUUUGGCAGUUCCACAUUUUUUUUCGUAACGUGAUUGAUGUCAGGGGUUUUUAACCUUUUUUUUUUUACCUUGGGGCGUGGGGCCCACUCAAAUAUGAACAUUGAAUUAGUAAUCUUACUCCUGAUUUAAGUUUUAUUCAAUAAUUAGAUCUAACCUACUUACAGUUUACAAUCUUGUCAAAUGUAGUGAAACCAUGUGUUAAUCACAUAGAUUAUUAUUAUUAUUGUUAGAUUGUAUUAUAUUAUUUUUAUAUACAUAUUAUAAUUAAUUAGAAAACUAAAUAUUAAUCAAAUACACUGCAUAAGAAGGGACUCAUACAUCCAUCCAUCCAUUUUCUACAACUAAUAUACAGACAAUUAUGUUAUAUGCUAAAAUAAACUAAAACAAUUAAUAUAUUUUUUAAACGAUCAAUGAAAUUAAAGUGCAAUGUUCUCCUCGUGACUGCGUGGGUUCCCUCCCGGUACUCCGGCUUCCUCCCACCUCCAAAGACAUGCACCUGGGGAUAGGUUGAUUGGCAACACUAAAUUGGCCCUAGUGUGUGAAUGUGAGUGUGAAUGUUGUCUGUCUAUCUGUGUUGGCCCUGUGAUGAGGUGGCGACUUGUCCAGGGUGUACCCCGCCUACCGCCCGAAUGCAGCUGAGAUUGGCUCCAGCACCCCCCGCAACUCUGAAAGGGACAAGCGGUAGAAAAUGGAUGGAUGGAUGAAAAUAUAGCUUCACUACUUUAAUCAUAAUUUUUGCGCUUAAGGAACUUCUUUAUGGCUUUCGCUCCAGUCUUUGAGAUUGUCAUUACUGCCACAAGUGGUGAAAAAGUGUAUAACUACAGAGAACUGCUGCAGCCCAUACGGACCACAGCUAAGAAAUAUAUUUUUGGUGGCCCUCUAUGGUUCCCGGCCAUAUGGUUAUGAAACACUGAUUUAUGUAAUUAAAGUGUUGAUGUAGCUUGUUUACUUCAGAUGCAGUCAGUCGUCAGUGUUAUGUUCGGGUCAUAUUGCUGCAAUGGUGGUGUUACGAUGCGGAAAAGGACACGAAGAAGCAAAAGCAGCAUGCAGCAUGCAUCCGGCCCUCGUCCUGCUCGUCCUGCUGCUGCUGGGCCAAGGUCUCGCCGGGUCGACAACAGCCGUGACCACAUCGAUGGCUGCGCUCCACAGCUUCCGUGGCUGCGCGGUCCGCGAGUUCUCUUUUGUGGCCCAGAAGCCCGGCUGCAGGGGUCUGCGCGUCACCACAGAGGCCUGCUGGGGACGCUGUCACACCUGGGAGAGGCCAGUGCCGGAGCCCCCCUACAUUCACAGGCACCACCGAGUGUGCACGUACGCACUGACACGCUACGUUAGUGCGCGGCUGCCAGGCUGCCACCCCGGUGUCUCGCCUCUCUAUCACUACCCGGUGGCCAUACACUGUCACUGCGCCGCGUGCACCACCCUAGACACCGAGUGCGAGUCUUUCUGAUCAUCUUGUACACAGCAAUGUGUCAUUAAAGUCAUGCAACAAAAAUAUCUGUGUGUGUGUGUGUGUGUGUGUGUGUGUGUGUGUAUAAAGUAAUAUUUAUAUACUGUAUUUAUCAGAUAAUACAAUGCAAAGGCUAGUUUAUGCACAGCACAUUAUGUAUACAUUCCGGACGGCUUCGAAGCGUUUCUGGACCACCAUCCGCCACCUCAGGAAGGGGAAGCAGUGCACUAUCAACCCUGUGUAUGGUGAGGAUGGUGUUCUGCUGACCUCGACUGCGGAAGUUGUGGAUCGGUGGAGGGAAUACUUCGAAGACCUCCUCAAUCCCACCAACACGUCUUCCUAUGAGGAAGCAGUGCCUGGGGAAUCUGUGGUGGGCUCUCCUAUUUCUGGGGCUGAGAUUGCUGAGGUAGUUAAAAAGCUCCUAGGUGGCAAGGCCCCG